UCUAUGUAAAAUAGAAAUCAAUAUUAUAAGUUUGAUAUCACCAAUUACAAACAUGUCCUCCUUUGCUUUCUUUUUGCUUUGCGUCCAAGCUUGCUUGGUACAGAACGUAUUCAGCCAGUGCCUCGCUGCUGGUCCAAUUGGCUACGGCCCAGGCAUUGCCAACGCCGCUGGCCUAGCUCCAGGUCUAGGGCCUUACGGCUAUGGCGCCGGCCUGGCCACUGCGCCAUUUGGUGUGGCGCCAAUGGCUGUGGAGCUCGGUGGGCUGGGAGCCGGUUUGGCUCCGGCGGCUAUAGAACUCGGCGCUUACGGCGGUGCUGGUGUCGGUGACGUGGCGGUCGCUGGUGAGAUGCCAGUCGCUGGCACCACCCUCGUCGCUGGACAGGUGCCCAUCCUCGGCGCUGUGCGCUUCGCUGGUGAUCUGCCAGCCGCUGGUACUGUCACCAUCUCUGGAAGCUGUGGAUGCGGUUGCAACCGCGGUCCCUAUUAUUAUUAAGCGUUAAAGUUUAUAUACAUAUUGAAAAAAAUAUGUGUUGUUGGAUAAUAAUAAAAUAUUUUUUAA